AUGACUUCAAAUUUUCCUAAACUAAACUUGAACCGAAUACAGUGGAUUACACGUGUCUUCACUUCUCAAACUGUUGUCUACGUGUUCCUUUUCCUGCUCAUUCUUUUGCCAUAUCAACGUUUUCCACCGAAUGGCUCCUACAUCUCUCUUCUCUUUUGCUCUCCUCCGGAUCGUCGGCUUUCUUUAGAGCGCAAGUUCCCUUUUACUGCGUCUUCUUCGUCUUCGUCUAGUGCUGGCUCCCUUCGCAACUCUCCUAGAAUGGAAGGAUUGAGGGUUCUUCCUCUCCCUGUCGUUACAGUUCUAUUUGGGUAUAGGGUUACGAACAAAACCCCUUAA